AUGGCUGAACCUACUGUACCGGUGAACAUUUUUCCGGACCGAAUCAUUCUCGAUCCUCAUCAAAACCUCGGCGAGUCACGAAAUCUACGUGAUAUAGCUGAGAAUGGUGGAGCCCUAGUUGGGCAGAUCCGUGAAGUCCUUGAUAGCGGCUAUUUGAGCUCUUUGGUGAUAGAUGUCGAAUUGCUCGAGGCAAAAUGGAUUCAUCAGUUCACCAUCGAAAUCCCGAGUGAUAGCACUCACUCAAAAGAGGAAAAAACCGAAGUUGGCAUGUCUGUCACUGAAGGAAAAGAGGUUGUCGAAUCUGUUUCAGCCAGCGCCGGCUUCAGUGGCUGGGGCUUCUCUGCUGAAGUGAGCGGCUCCACUGAAACAAGAACGUUUAGCUCAAUUGAGACUUCAGAAUUGAAGACAGUUACCGAUACCUACAACGUCCCAGCAAAGUCUGAUCUCUGGGUUUAUAAGCCUGGAUAUAAGUUCCGCUGCACACUACAUGAUGCAUUUGCUAAGGAUCACAAGGGCAAGAUCCAAGCACAUUUCGUGAACACCAUUGUUGCUAGCCACGAGCUUAUGGGCCCGGUUGAACUAAAAGGCACUGGGACACUGUCCUCUGAGUUAGAUGGCCUUCUUCUACCUACCAAAGGUGUCCAGCUUACUAUCGCCGAAUAUGUGGUCUACGGCGCAAUGUACCCUUGGCUCCAGAACGGUAAAGAGGAUAUCCAUGUCUCUUCGGGUGCAAGGUCCCCAAGACGUAUUUAG